AUGUCAGGGUCUUCAUCAGGACUGGAUCCCUACAGGUUUCAGUUGAAGAACGUCACUGAAGUCACCAUGUUUAUAUUGCUGGGCUUCACGAAUGAUUUUGAGCUGCAAGUCUUUCUCUUUGUACUAUUUCUAGGAAUCUAUGUUUUCACUCUGGUGGCAAAUUUGGGACUGGUUUUACUAGUCGUGGUAGAUUCUCAUCUCCACAACCCCAUGUACUAUUUUCUGAGUGUGUUAUCUUUCUUAGAUGCCUGCUAUUCUUCAGUUGUCACCCCAAAAAUGUUAGUCAAUUUCCUGGCAGAGAAUAAAGCCAUUUCAUUUACUGCAUGUGCAACACAGAUGCUGCUCUUUGUUACAUUUGGGACCACAGAAUGCUUUCUCUUGGCAGCAAUGGCAUACGAUCGCUAUGUAGCAAUCUACAAGCCACUUUCAUAUUCAGUUAACAUGUCACCCAGAGUCUACGUGCCACUCAUCACUACUUCAUAUGUUGGUGGUUUUUUAAAUGCUACUUUACACACCGUAGCAACUUUUAGCCUCUCCUUCUGUGCAUCCAAUGAAAUUAGACAUGUCUUUUGUGAUAUCCCUCCACUCCUUGCUAUCUCUUGCUCUGACACUCACAUCAACCAGCUUCUGCUCUUCUACUUGGUGGGUUCGCUUGAGUUAUGCAAUAUCCUGAUCGUAUUGUUCUCUUAUGGUUUCAUUUUUAUGGUCAUUCUGAAGAUGAAGUCUGCUGAAGGGAGGCAAAAAGUGUUUUCCACUUGUGGCUCUCACCUAACAGGAGUAUCCAUUUACCAUGGAACAAUCCUCUUCAUGUAUGCGAGGCCUAAUUCCAGCUAUGCUUUGGACCAUGACAUGAUAGUGUCUACAUUUUACACCAUUGUGAUUCCCAUGCUGAAUCCCAUCAUCUACAGUUUGAGGAACAAAGAUGUAAAAAAAGCAAUGAAAAAAUUGUUUCAGAGGAAUUGGUUCGUAAAUAAAGCACAUUUUUAG